CGGAGCCUCCAGUGCUCAAACAUGGGAAAAGAGACCUCUCCCAACGACAAGCAGGGCACCGGUAAUGCAGAUGUGCCAGUCUCAGAGGGCGAGAUUUCCGACCAGUAUAGUGUCUAUACAAGAAAAGAAAAAUGGAUCAUAGUCGGGCUGGUCGCUUUGGCUGGAUUUUAUAGUCCUCUGCCUGCGAACAUAUACUUCCCCGCCAUUCCCCAGCUCUCCUCCGCUUUUGGUGUAACGAUCGAGGCCAUGAAUCAAACGGUUACCGUCUAUCUGAUUUUCCAGGGCAUUUCCCCUAUGCUAUGGGGCCCUUUGUCGGAUCGGUACGGCCGCAGACUUGUCUUCCUCGCCUGUCUGUCAAUUCUCGUCGCAUCCAGCAUUGGUCUCGCGCUGUGUCCCACCAACUCCUUUUGGCUACUCUUAUUCCUUCGAUGUUUUCAAUCAGGAGGAAGCGCAAGUACGAUCGCCUUGGGCGCAGGCGUCAUUGGCGAUAUAGCUACGACCAAAGAAAGAGGUGGCUAUUUUGGAAUGUUUAAUCUUGGACCAAUGCUCGCGCCAUGCAUAGCACCUGCAGCUGGAGGAGCGAUUGCGCAGGCCCUAGGAUGGCGGGCAAUAUUCUGGCUGGUUGUUAUCAUGGUUGCCGUCUGUCUGGUUUUCAUCGCAAUGUUCCUCCCCGAAACGCUUCGCGCAAUCGCCGGCAACGGAAGUGUCCCAGUCCCUCGUCAUUUGCGGCCGAUUAUUCCCGUGGUGGGCCGCAAAUAUACCUCGCCGACUGCAUCCGUCAACGAUGCGCCCCCACGAAAGAAACAAUCUAUCAACCCGUUCGUUUUAUUCACCUAUCCGGACGUACUAGUUCUCCUUUCCUUCACCGGGAUCGUCUACGCCGUAAACUAUACCGUCACUGCUACGAUAUCGUCCUCCUUCAAGGAAAUUUAUCCCCACCUUUCCGAAACCGUACUUGGACUGUGCUAUCUUCCUACAGGCGCUGGCAUGAUCAUCGGUAGCACUCUCACUGGCAAACUGCUCGAUUGGCAAUACGCACAAUGUAAAGCUAAGAGCGGCGACCGCUUCACCAUCGAAUACGCACGCCUGCGUAUCAUGCCCAUCUACCUCGUUAUUUUCGUCGCAGGUGUCCUCGGAUGGGGGUGGAGUCUUCAAGCACAUGCGCACAUGGCUGUGCCUCUCAUCAUCGGCGUUGUUCUAGGCUGGACAUCCAUGGGCAUCCUCAACACCACUAUGACCCUCAAUAUCGACAUCUUACAGAGUCGGAGUUCGGGCGCAACGGCGUGUACAAACCUUGUUCGCUGCUCUUUGGCUGCUAUCCUGGUAUCUUGCAUCGACCGUAUGACUAACGCCAUGACGAUCGGAUGGACUUAUACAUUUUGGGCGGCGAUUUGUGCUUUGUUGCUCCCACUUAUGUAUCUUGAGAUCAGAAUGGGUCCGCGGUGGAGAGAAAAACGGGAGAGGAGAGAGAUGCAAUAAUAUAGCAAAUAAUCGAAACAAAAACAAUUUAAUCUAACUUCAACUACAUGUCAACACUACUUGAUAUUUACUUUAGAUGAUUCAUUUGUUCUAUUGGCUCGCCGAUCAACAAGAGAUCUGUAAAUGGGCUUACUGACAUAUCUCACACCUCGCACAGAUAUGUCAGGGGUGUGAUUUGGUGAUUUGGUGAUCUGGAAUUGAGUGAUUUGUCUCAUCGCAACAAUACCUGAUAAUUCUCAAGAGAUGACGUCACUCGAUAAUUCGUCGCAGCUUGGGAGCCUCCAAUCGCUUUGCUUGUUUCUGAUUUCCAGCCGAAUUGGCCAGAAUGCUUCAUCGAGUUUGAUUUCCUGGACCAAUUGGUACCCGUAAUCAAGCUCGCUAGUGUGAUUUCUUAUCAAGAGAAAAGGGUGCCAAUCUCUCGUGUUCUCCAGUUUUAUGUGACAUAUAUUUUACUAGACAAAUGCACUUUUCCUCCCUUGGGAAGAACAGAAUGGGAAUUUGGAAUUGCUUUCGUUCUUUCCUACACCGAUGAAUUAAUUUGAACGUCUUUCCCCCCUGAGCAUUACGAAGCGUGGUGGUUGUGCUGCC